AUGGUCCAGUUACUUCUUUCUAAUUCUAAUUCCCUCUCUUCCUCCCUCCUUCUUUCAAUUUCCUUUUUCUUCAUCGUUUCUUUCAUUUGUUCUUUCGUUGUCUUUGUCAUAUAUCUAUUCAUGCUUACACCAUUUUCUUUCUUCUUUACCCCAUUUCGUUCUUGCCUUUACACGUCUUUUCCCCUCCACCACCAAUUUUUCUAUGUUUUACCUUCUUUUCCUUUUUUUUCUCUAUCUUUUUCAUCUGUUCUUUGCUUCAUUGUCGUUUUCUUUUUUAUCCGCCUCCAUUUUUUUUUCUUCAUUCUUCAUUUUCUUUCUUCCUCAGCUUCGCUGCAUUUUUUUUUUUUUUCCUUUUUAAUUUGUUGUUCUUUCUCGGUUUUAUUUAAUCAUUUAUUGUUUUUCUUUCAUUGUUAUUUUUCCUUUCUUUUUUCUUUCCUCUUCCUUUUCAUCUUCUCCUCCUUCCUUCUUCUUCUUCCCUUUAUUAUUUUGUUUUCUGUCUUUCUCCCUCUUUCUUAUUCCCCUUUCAUCUUUUCUUUCUUUUGUCAUAUGUUUUCUCUGCUUUCGACUUCCUUAACUUCCCCUUUACUUCCUUCUCCUUUUUCACUUUCUCUUUCUACUCUUCCUACCCUUUCUUCUUUAACUCUACUGCUUUCUUUCUUUCUUUCUUUGUUUCUAUCUUUCUUUCUUUCUUUCUUUCUUUCUUUCUUUCUUUCUUUCUUAGCCUCCUUCUCCAUAUAUUCUUGUUUCUUUAAGCUCCUACAUUUCUUUCUUUCUUUCUUUCUUUCUUCAUUCCGCCCCUUUCUUUUUUCUCGUCUCAAUCUUUCUUCUUCUUCAUCCCCAUCUUUUGUAUCAUUCUUCUUUCCUCCUCUAUUUUCUUCUGUUCUUUCUCUCUUCCUUUUCUUUAUUUUCCUUCCUUCUUCGCCAUCUAUUCUUUCUCCCUAUUUUUGA